AUGUUUGAUACACUAGAAGCAACCUACCUCUGGCAUCAUCUCAAGAAGUCUGGGAGUAGCCAAUCUCAUCAGGCCUUUUUCUGUCCUGACACAAUACUCUUGGCUCCAUUUGAGCAUCUUUGGCUUCCAGAAGCAUUGGAAUUUUAUAUGCAGCAUUGGAAUGGAUUGGAUUAUGAAAUCCAACUUGGUCUGACACAGAGGUUGACCUACUCCAUUCUUUCAUUUGUAGAAUUGGGGAGGGACAUAAGAUCAACAACCUUGGCAUCCAAAUGUGGUCUUGAUUUCCUCCAGUUCUUACACAAUAAAAUAUGUGAAAAGGAAAGGUUCUUCAAGGAGGAUGAUGCUGGCUAUUCAAACUGGAGGAAGGUAUUGAGGCACAUGCAACAUAUUCGUGGAUUGCCACAUUCUUAUUUCAGACCAGUUCUGGGUUAUUUUCCACCAUUAUUGGAUGAUCUUUGUGACCUCUUGAAUGAUAGGUCAACAUCUCUAUCUGUCCUCGGGCCUGUUUUGGACUCCUAUAAACAGGGUUGGGGUGACAAUUGUUAUAAACAAUGGGAGAAGGAACAAUUGAUCUCAAUGCUAUCUACUCACAUAACUCAUGCGCCACAUCCACUUGUGCCAACUAUUCUCAAUCCACAGCCAAUGAAUGGAGACAGUUCACAGGCAUCCCUCUGUUUUCCACCAUCCACAUCCUUAGUAUUCUCAGAACAGGGCUUGAAUUUCCUGAUAUUCAUUAACACAAAACUGAUCAACACACCCCAGUUGGUUUACUAUUGUGAUGAUGACACCAUGCAGAAAUGGGUGAAUGCUUUGGAUGGUAUACACAACCUUUGUUCAUUUGAACCCAUUCCCAAAUAUGAAAGGUGGACCAUGAAAGAUUUCCGUUGGUGGGAAGCAGAGAAAACUCACACUGGAGCAGACCGAAGCAGUGGUAUUGAAAAUGGUGGGACGAGGAGCACAGAUGCACCCAUUUUCAGCAAUGGCAGCAGACCACACACUGGGAGUAUGGCAGAGUCUAUGGCAGCUGGUGAGCAUGAAGAUGCUGAUAACAAUGGUAGUGGAGCAGGGAAAGAAGCAGGGCCAUCCUCUUGUAACAAUGAACAUCCAGAAGAUGAUGCAGAGGCUAUCAAGAUGGGUAUUGUCUCCCAAACUAGCAGUGAUGAUGAACACCACAGCCAUGUGGAUGUACAUGUAAUACAGGGAAAAGGCAAGAAGCCACAGAAUCACAUUAGGCAGCAGCGAAAGAGUAAAAAUGAACAUGAUAUGGUUGGGGGGCCAGGUGCUGAAAAAAAUGUUUGA